AUGUUUGUGAUUCUCUGCAGCUCUGCCACAUUGCCCAUCACCAUGAAGUGUCUCCUGGAGAACUGUGGCGUGGACCGGCAGAUCGCUCGCUUCGUGCUGCCGGUGGGAGCCACCAUCAACAUGGACGGGACGGCGCUGUACGAGGCAGUGGCGGCCAUCUUUAUCGCUCAGGUCAAUGAGUAUGACUUGGACUUUGGCCAGCUGGUCACUAUUAGUAUCACGGCAACAGCAGCCAGUAUCGGGGCGGCUGGGAUACCUCAAGCCGGUCUGGUUACCAUGGUGAUUGUCUUGACCUCUGUGGGGUUGCCGCCUGCCGACAUCUCGCUGAUCGUGGCCAUUGAUUGGGUCCUUGAUCGGUUCAGGACGAUGAUCAACGUUCUCGGCGAUGCCUUAGCUGCGGGGAUUAUGUGUCAUUUAUGUAAGAAGGAUUUUGAGAGAGCAGCUAUGACUGUUGCUGUCCCUGAUCCCACUCCUAAUCCCAGCAAUGGAGGCGGCUCCAUCCGGAGAGACACAAUAAUCUCCUUUGGUAAUCAGAGCGUGGCGAUGUCUGACGCUCCUCUGCUCUCACACCGCUGCGACUACGUGUACGAUGUGGAGGGCGAGAUGGUGCUGGAGAGACCGGUGGCCUGCUACAACCUCUGCCACGUCUGACACGCGUUCACAGCACGGAGAGCCAGGGAUACUGCCUUCUGAAACACAAGUUCACCUCUUUGGAUCAAAGGAACUAUCAACAUCCUGGUCGGUUUCUCUUCUGAAGGAAACCAACGUUUGAGUAAUGAGGUGUCAGGGUUUAGCGGCUUUAAUGGAUUUUGCCUGUGCCAUGCCGUAAACAAAAAAAAACUGUAAUACUUGAUAUACUGUGUUUUUCCAUUCAGUUUCGAAAUGGAGGAAAUUAUGAAGUCAUGUUUAAACUUAACCACUCCUAACGCACCAGUAGGCAGGAUGUUGGGUUGCAACAACAUACAUUUAAUGGGUGUUAGUGUCAGUAACAGUUAGACAUUCACGGUAGGCCUGUCCUAAUGAAGUUUGAUCAAGGUUGUAAGUUGCCUUAACAUGAUCUCAGUUUUGACAAUAAUUCUGAGAGCUCGAAAGAAUUGAAAGUAAACAAAAACUGAGCAAAUAGAGACAUUGAAGUGAACCUUUAUGUUAGACAUGGUAUUUAUAUAGAUUUUAAAGCAACAUUAAUGUAAAACAAUAUGUACAUCGACCUAGUGAGAUCAAG